UCCGGGCAAAGCAGGAAGUUUCAAGUGUCUGCAGAAAUCGGGCCGUGCGGGAGCAACAAUCGUAUCCAAAAUGGACACGGUAAAUGCAGGACAUAUGAUGAGCUUAGCAGCCCUAAAGAGACAAGACCCGUAUAUAAACAAACUGCUAGACGUCACAGGCCAGGUGGCGCUCUACAAUUUCAAUUCAAAAUCGAACGAAUGGGAGAAGACGGAAAUUGAGGGAACGCUGUUCGUGUACUCCAGGUCUGCCUCUCCUCACCAUGGCUUUACCAUAAUGAACCGACUGAGCACUGAGAACCUUGUGGAACCCAUCAACAAAGACCUAGAGUUCCAACUACAAGAUCCCUUCUUGCUCUAUAGAAAUGGCAACUUGGGCAUCUAUAGCAUUUGGUUUUAUGAUAAGAUGGACUGUCAUCGUAUCGCCCAGCUGAUGGUCAAGAUUGUAAAACAAGAAACAGACCAUGCCAAGAGAGACUCACCCGAGAGGAGAGAGUCGGGAAGAACCAAUGGCGUUGCAGAGCCCCGGCCCAUUGACAUCCUAGAAUUGCUCAGUAAAGCCAAGGAGGAGUAUCAGAGGACUCAAACAGAUGUUCCUACAGACUCUCAAGUUAAAACAGCCAUCAGCACUGCAGCUCGACUUCAUGGUACAGCACAGUCUGAAAAGAGCUCUCGUACAGUAGUAAAGCAGAUCACAGUGGAGGAACUGUUUGGCUCCUCGCUGCCUAAGGACCCCUCCUUACCUGCCAUGCCUGCACAGAAUGCCCCCAGUUCUUCCAGUGGCCCGUCUACUACCUUGACUCAGAUUCAGUCUUACCCCACUUCAAACCAUCAAAUCCCUGCAUCCAACCAGCAACACCAGGUCCCGGGCCUGCUUCCGGCUCCUUAUGCACUUCAUCCCAGCCCUGUUUUCCAGUCUGUCGUUCCACUGUCAGAACCACAGAUCCGGGGCUCAGUUUCACCUUUCGUGGUGCCUCCUCCUGAGACUCAUGCUGCUCCUCCUCCUCCCGCAUCAACAUCGACUUCUGGAACUAAUUUGGGACAAGAAAUACUGAGCUCACUAAAACCAGCAGUGGUGCCAUCUGUGAAUUCUGACAUCCACAAACAAAUUCUUGCACCCAGCUUCUUGCCCAGCACGCUGGUGCCACCACAAAGCUUCCAAGAGCUUAAAGUAAAUCUUCAUCAGAGCAAAGACAUAGAUGUUUUCUCUCAAACUCCGAACCUGAUUAAACCACUCUCUGCUGUGUCCAUGAGUCCAGGGUUUGCUGUUCCAGGACCACCAAUGUCGCUGCUUCUCUCUCCCAGCGCUUUUCAGCAGUCAACCAGUAAGGCGACCACAACGACAACAGGAGCACUGGCAGCAUCAGUGGCGUUACCUGCUCUGUCUGAGCCUUCACCAUGUACUGUUGGAGGGGUGGAGCCUCCGCCAGCUCUAUGCAGCAGAACACAGCUUCAGGAGACACUGAUCCACCUCAUCAAGAAUGACCCAGAUUUCCUCAGUGCCAUCUAUGAUGCCUACCUGCAGACUGUGUCCAAGGACUUCAGCAGCAUGAAGCUAUAGUCCCACUUCAACCAUCAUGGUUUCACCCUCAUCUGUGUGACCUGUGAGGAGUUAACGACGAGCAGUGAACAGGUGUUUGAUUUGACUGCAGCCCUCAGUACUAGUCUGUCUAUACAGCAUGUUUUCUGGUCCUGGCUCAGACCUGCGUGUGUGGGGCUCCACUGAACACUGAUGCCUUUUUGGUCAAAUUGGAUAAAAUCACUAAGAUUCCAGAACCACUGUGUUUGGGAGCUUUGAGGGGGAAAAAUCUCACUGUGGCCUUGAUUUAUUUUGACUUUCUAACUGUUAUUAAACUUGUGGCCACAUGGUGGUGAAUUUUAGCUGUUCUAGGUCUAAAAGGGACUGGGCAGGAGCUUCAGUGACCUCAAGGUCACUUCACGUGGGCUGAAUCUUUAAGUUUCAAACUGCAGAGUCUCACAGCACAGGUGUAUAGAAACACUUGCGCUGUUUCAAGACAAUGUUGGGAAUUAAAAACUUUGUUUUUCGAGUCUUUGCAGUCAAACUCCACUUGGUGGUGUUAAAAAAGGACUACUUGUCUUUUUCUGGCUGAACCUUAAACUUUAAAUCUGAGCUGGACUCUUUACACAAAGAAAUGCAUCAAAAGCUCUUGUUGAAUUUUUUCCUUUUCCUUUCUACUAUUAAGGAGACAGGUGGAAGAUGA